AGCCACCUGGUCUCAGUGGGGUAUCCAGUUUCCAAACCAGGUGUCAUAUCUAAGUUGGAACAAGGAGAAGAGCCAUGGAUUAUGAAGAGAGACAUAUCAAAUUGGAUCUAUCCAGAAUUAGAAGUGGAGCCUGAAGAUGUGACUGAGGCGCUACAAUCUCAUGAUAAAACUGUAACGGAUGAGGAGUUGCUUCUUAUGAAUGAGCAAAAAAAGUGGUUUCUUGAGAUGGAAUCUACUUCUGGUGAAGAUGUUGUGAAGAUUGUUGAAAUAACAACAAAGGAUUUAGAAUAUUACUUAAACUUAGUUGAUAAAGUAGCGGCAGGGUUUGAGAGGAUUAACUGCAACUUUGAAAGUUCUGUGGGUAAAAUGCUAUCAAACAUUGCAUGCUACAGAGAAAUCAUACGUGAAGGAAGAGUCAAUUAAUGUGGCAAACUUCACUGUUGUCUUAUUUUAAGAAAUUGCCACAGUCACCCCGACCUCCAGCAGCCGCCACUGAUCAGUCAGCAGCCAUCAACAUUGAGGCAAGACUCUCCAUCAACAAAAACCUAGCCUCCGAAUAAACCGAAUUCCUCUGCUUGUACGGAACCGGCCGGCCUCUCAAGAUGGCGGCUCCCACUGAGACACAGCGCAUGGGAGCGGCCAUAUUGCCUCCUGAACAAAGCCGACCAGGGUGCGGAGUGGGCAAAGCUGCCCGGUACCGAACAGCGCAGGCCCGGGAGCCCAGUGCUUUGCUCACCCAGACAGGAAGCGGGAGAGUUCGCCGCUAUGGAUGUGACAGCUGUCCCGGGUUAAGCCGUGACGGGCGUUUCUAGAUCUGAUAACGGAACUGCAGGUCAGAAGGCGGACAUGUGUGAUCUAUUUUGACAAAGCCUGGAAUACCCCAUAUAAAACAGUCUGUCUAUCAUGGGAGCACCCACUUCCUCAGAACCAGUUAAGUCUUACCUACCUGACUCCUGGGACUGAGAAGGAUUUCCCAGGUUGGCCUAACAUCUACCUGACUUCUGUGGUAGUUGCUUCUAGACUGGUGAAUGUGGAACCUGCAGUCUGCGUCUGAUCUGUGAAAACAUCCUUCUGAUCACCGAUUUUGCCUUUUCAGGCAUCUACCUUUUUAGAAGAGAACAGAAAAUGAUGAAGUCCCAGGGCUUCCCUCGUGGUGCAGUGGUUAAGAACAUGCCUGCCAAUGCAGGGGACAUGGGUUCGAGCCCUGGUCCAAGAAGAUCCCACAUGCAGCGGAGCACCUAAGCCCGUGCGCCACAACUACUGAGCCUGCGCCCUAGAGCCUGCGAGCCACAACUGCUGAGCCCACGUGCCACAACUGCUGAAGUCUGUGACCCCUAGAGCCCAUGCUCCACAACAAGAGAAGCCACCGCGAUGAGAAGCCUGUGCACCGCGAGGAAGAAUAGCCCCUGCUCCCAGUAACUAGAGAAAGCCUGCGUGCAGCAACAAAGACCCAAUGCAGCCAAAAAUAAAUACAUUAAUUUAAAAAAAUUAUUAAUAAAAAUCUUCCCAGCCAGGUUUUGUUUUGUUGUUAUAUAAUUUUGGGUAUUUUUAGAGUUUAAAUUUUUACUCCAUCCAGAAUAUAUAUUUUUCUCUUUUCCAAGACAUAAGAUAUCAUUGUAUUAGUUAUAAUUGAUGUAUUUUAUUAUGGCAGCUAGGGCUGCCCUAACAGAAUACCACACACUGUGUGGGUUAAACAACAGAAAUUUUUUGUGUCACAGUUCUGCAGACUAGAAGUCAAAACUUAAGGUAUCAGCAAGACUGGUUCCUUCUGAGGGCUGUGAGAGAAGGAUCUGUUCCAAGUCUCUCUCUUUGGCUUGUAGAUAACUAUCUUCUCCUCAUGUCUCUUCAUACUGUCUUCCCUCUGUGUGUGUGUCUCUCUCUGUUCAGAUUUCUUCUUUUGAUGUGGACCUCAGUCAUAUUGGGUUAGGGUCCACCCUAAUAACCUCAUAUAACUAAUUACAUCUGCAGUAACCCUAUUUCCAAAUAAGGUCACAUUCUGAGGUACUAGGGGUUAGGACUUCAACUUAUGAAUUUUCAGGGUAUACAAUUCAUCCUUUAACAUAUGGCUUCAACAUUAUUCUCUUCCUGUUAACUGUCCAGUUGUUUCAGUACUAUUCAUUGAAUAAUACAUCUUCCUCUCAGCUGUGUGUUUUUUUUUAUAUUAAACUCAUAUCUUUAUGUAAUGCUAUUUCUUUUCUAAUUUAUUAGUGCACAGAGAUACAUUUUCAUAGUUAUAUUCAGUGUGUACAUAUUAACUUAUGCUGUUUUUCUUCAUUUAUUCUUUCAUGGGUUAGUAUCAUUCAAGGAUGUGGCUGUGGAUUUCACCCAGGAGGAGUGGCAGCAGCUGGACCCUGCUCAGAAGACCCUGUACAGGGAUGUGAUGCUGGAGAACUACAGCCACCUGGUCUCAAUGGGGCAUCCAGUUUCCAAACCAGAUGUCAUCUCCAAGUUGGAACAAGGAGAAGAUCCAUGGAUCAUAAAGAGAGACAUACCAAAUUGGAUCUAUCCAUAUGAAGAUCAGGCAGAUGGGCGACAAGACAGGAAAAGUAACCUUGACAACACCCAAUCAUGUAUUUUGGGGUCUGUUUCCUUCCAUAAUAAGAUACUGAAAGGAGUCACAAAGGAUGGUUCAUUUUACUCCAUAUUAAAAGUCUGUCAAGGUGAUGGCCACCUACAGAGAUGUCAGAAAAACAGACUUUUCAGGCAAGUAACAGUCAUCAACAACAAAACAAUGACUGUGGAGUCAGACCACAAAUAUAAUGCAUUGGGCAAAAUAUUUCAAGAAUGCAUAGGGUCAGACACUUCAAGACAAAGACCUCAUAACUGUGAUACAUUUAAAAAUGACUUGAAAUCUAGUAUUGACCUACCUAGUUGUAAUAAGAGCAAUUCAGGAAAAAACCCUGAUGAGAGUUUUGCAUGUGGAAAAUCAUCCAUCCAUGGUGUGUCCAAUCCUGAUCUUGAGAAAAUUCACAAUCGAGUAAUUCCCUGUGAUGAUAAUGAGUGUGGAAACAUUUUCAGCAAGAAACAAUCCCUUAUUCAGUAUCAGAAUGUUGAAACUAAGGAGAAAACCUGUGUAUGUAUUACAUGUGGAAAAGCCUUUGCUAAGAAGUCACAGCUCAUUGUACAUCAACGAAUUCAUACUGGGAAGAAACCAUACAAUUGUGGUGCAUGUGGGAAAGCUUUCAGUGAGAAGUUUCACCUUAUUGUACAUCAAAGAAUUCAUACUGGGGAGAAACCUUAUGAAUGUUCUGAAUGUGGAAAAGCCUUCUCUCAAAAAUCAUCCCUCAUUAUCCAUCAAAGAGUUCAUACUGGGGAAAAACCAUAUGAAUGUAGUGACUGUGGAAAAGCCUUCUCCCAGAAAUCACCCCUCAUUAUACAUCAGAGAAUUCACACUGGAGAAAAACCUUAUGAAUGUAGAGAGUGUGGUAAGGCCUUCUCCCAGAAGUCACAGCUGAUUAUACAUCAUAGAGCUCAUACUGGAGAGAAGCCUUAUGAGUGUACUGAAUGUGGAAAAGCCUUCUGUGAGAAGUCCCACCUCAUCAUACAUAAAAGGAUUCACACUGGAGAGAAACCCUACAAAUGUGCUCAAUGUGAGGAAGCCUUCAGCAGGAAGACAGAACUCAUUACACACCAGUUAAUUCAUACUGGGGAGAAACCUUACGAAUGUACUGCAUGUGGGAAGACCUUCUCCCGGAAGUCACAGCUCAUUAUACAUCAGAGAACGCAUACUGGAGAAAAGCCCUAUAAAUGCAGUGAAUGUGGAAAAGCCUUCUGUCAGAAAUCACAUCUCAUUGGACAUCAGAGGAUUCACACAGGAGAAAAACCUUACGUUUGUACUGAAUGUGGAAAAGCCUUCUCUCAAAAGUCUCACCUCCCAGGGCAUCAGCGGAUUCAUACAGGAGAGAAGCCUUAUAUAUGUGCUGAAUGUGGAAAGGCAUUUUCUCAGAAAUCAGACCUUGUUUUACAUCAGAGAAUUCAUACAGGGGAAAGACCUUAUCAGUGUGCUGUAUGUGGGAAAGCCUUCAUCCAGAAAUCACAACUCACUGUACAUCAGAGAAUUCACAGCAGUGGUAAAAUCAUAAUAAACUAAAAACACAGACAAGCUUUCAGUAUUAGCUCAAGCCUUAAUAAACAACAGAAACGUGAUUAAUUUGAUAAAUUUGUGGACAACAUCUUUAUAGAGAAAAUUUUACAAGAGAAUUCAUGUCUGUAGUGUGGUGAUACCUAACUCAGCAAAGAUGAUGGGAAAUAAUUACAUAAAUGAAGGACAUUUCACCAUGGCAUGUAAAGCUUUUAAAGUCAUGAACUGAAUGGUCAGUAGAACAAAUUAUGUAUAUAGAAUAUUGUCAAAUUACAUAUUCCUUAUUAUACCAUAACAAUAAACACAUUGUGAAAUUGCUAAUAUUAGCUUGCCAUUAUUUUGGCCAUGUACAGUAAUUCCCUAUAAAGGACAUGAAGAAAACUUGAGUUAAAAAAAUCAAUUCCUAGAAACUGUAUUAAUAAGGAGGGGCUUGGGAGUUCCUUGGUGGUAGGACUUGGUGCUUUCACUGCUGUGGCCCAGGUUCAAUCCCUGGUCAGGGAACUAAGAUCCUGCAAGCUGUGCAGAGCAGUCAAAAAAAAAAAAAGGGUGGGGGGUUGCUUAACAUGAUCCCUAAAUAUACAUGUAAAAUUCUUAUACAAAGAUGGAAAGAUAGGUUGAUCAGAUUCAGUAAAGGUGAUAAUUGUACAUUUUCCCAUCUCAAGCAUAUAAGUUGAUCUGUAUCUCUGGAAGGACCCUGGACCUUGAAAUUGAUGCUUCUUGACCAAAUCUCCUCUUUACUCUCUCUUACUGGGAAUUUGGUAUAGUGGAAAGACUUUGGUACUGAACCAGAUGGUUUGGGUUUUAAUCCUGGCUCAACUACUCAAAAGAUUGUGUGACUUCAGGCAAGCCUACUUUACCCAUCUGAAUAUUUUUUCUUAUUGGUAAAUAAAUGUACAGUGUAGAGCACACUUUCAGUUAAUGUUAGUUCUUUUCAUCUUUCUAUUGUCCUAUAACAGGAUGCUAAGAGUAAUAUGAUACAUCUGAACUUGCUUUGCAGUCCGGAUACUCUGCUUAUGUACCCCAUUCCUAUGACUGAUUGAUUUAACUGUCUUUGACCAUGGUAGUCUUGAUUCCUGGUAUGUUAAAGUGAGAUUUUAUUAUACUUUUAUUAUUUUUUACAUACAUUUAUAUAAGCCGUUGUGUUUGCACAUAAAGACCCUGUCUAAUGUCACUUUAGUUCCUUUAUGACCCCUGUCCUGCAGCUGCAACUGUUCUCCCCGGAACUGAGGACACCUAACAAAGGAAAACCCUUGGGGUGGUACCAACAGACACUGGCUCCAGAUUUUGUUGAGAUGAUCAAGAGGAAAUCUAAUCUAAUGCCUCAUAUUGCUUUGGGAUUCCUUAUCUAAGGAGAUCCUUGGAGAGCUCCCAGGUGUAGCUGUCUGAAGAGUGUCACAUCAUCCACAAUUAUACCUGCCAGAGGCAAGGAAAACAAAAGUAAAAAUAAACAAAUGGGACCUAAUUAAACUUAAACGCCUUUGCAGAGAUAAGGAAACCAUCAACAUAGCAAAAAUACAACCUACUGAAUGGGAGAAGAUAUCUGCAAAUGAUAUGUCUGAAGAUCCUGUUAUUCAAAUAUUUUUUGGACUAGGACAAGCAAUUGAGGUUUUCUGACAAGAACAAUGUGUUAACUGCUGCUGUCUCAAAGCGCCUUCUCAGAACCUCUUCACCAGAAUUGAUCCGGCACUCCAGCAGUGCUUGAAAGUUAUCAGGAGUAAAGAGACCUUCUGGGAUUUCAUCAGUUUCAUAUCCAUCCAGAGGUAUGUUCUGUUUUCCCAUAAGAAUCAAAAUUUCAAAUAAAGAUUUUAAGUAUUCUUUGUUUUCCUUCUCUUCAAGGGUUAAAGUUAAAAUGUCUUCACCCUGCUCUUCACUCCCUUCUUCUGCACUGGGGUUCUGAGCAUUGUUGCUGUUUAUUUCCUUAUGUUUUGGUUCCUGUUCAGAAGUUUCAUCAAUUUUUUUCUGUUUCAGUGUCCUGAUUUCAUCUUCACUCAAUUCUUUUAUUCGUUUUCUGUGUCUACUGUGUGGAUUAUUCAAAUGGCUGGUAAGAUCAAAUAUUGUUGGCAUUGCAUUAUCUCGAAGAACUGUCCUAUAAGGACUCUCCCAAUGACUUCACAUGUAUUUGCUUCAAUUAAUUUUGAGAAAUACAAUAACCCAAUCAUUCUUUAGUUUUCUGAUGCCUCUGCAAAAUGUAUAGUUCUACAGAUCAUAGACGUCUCAAAGUGUUUGGCACACAAUCAGUAAUGUUUAUUUAGUUUAUCAGGUGUUUUAUCUUCUAAGUCUGCUCUCCUACAAUUCUCCACCGACUUCUGGCAUCUGGCUGGAUCCCAUGGGAACCUGAAAAAGUCCAGGUCCGACUGCGUGCUCUUCCGCGUGCAGUUGGGGGCCGCGCAGAAGUUCCGCAUCGUAGUCUGCCAGCCGGCCGGCCCAGCCCUCACAGCCCUCGCGCUGCCGCUGCUGGUGCACCUCCCGCCCGCCCGGGAUGCUGCCGCCUCCUUACCACCCUCAUUGGCCCUUAUGUCUUGCAAACUUCUCUCCAUACAUUGGCUGGUUCUGAUGGUGCUGACCACAGCACGAGGCCUCUGGGAGCUGAGGGAAUUCCCCCGUUGUGCUGGGUUCUGGCUCGCCUGCAUUCCUUGCCUUCCUCUGGUGCUGCCCUGGCUCAGUUCACAGGAUUAGGAAGUUCCCCACACCCUCUCAUCAAGAACAGUGAUGCCAGAGUGGUCCAUCUGGUGUGUCAGGCUGCAGGCUGGUACCCAGAGCCUGAGGCAAGCUGGGGAGAUCCCUAAGGACAGAAUUUAAAGCCGCACUCUGAAAACAACAGAGCAGGUGGAAACAGCCUGUUCUCCACUGAGUCUUCAGUCCUGGUAGCCAUGACCUCUUUGGUCCUCAACCCCAGGCUCAACGAGAAGAAGGAAAUAACUAUUUCUGUUGUCAGAAAUAAUAUAUGGAUAACUUUGAGUAUUAUUUUAGCUGUGGUCUGCAUUUCCGUGGUUGUUUUCUUCAUUGCAGUGCAAAGAAGAUCUAAAAGUGAGGACAUUGAGGCUCAAAGAGUCUAUGUUACUUGCCCACAAUCAUAAAGCUAGUGAAUCGCGAAGCCAAGAUUCUUCAGGCCCUUGCUCUUAAUCUCUGGCUAUACUGUCUCCCGGAAAGGGAGGGAGGGAGGAUGACAGCCAAUGCCUGAUGCAAAGUGUGACUCUGUCACUUAGAGAAGAUGAGGGGAGGUUGGACUGGAUGGUCCCUCUGUUACCUCCAGAGUGUCUGAAAGCAGAACUGUAAAAUAAACUCUUGAGCUGCUAGGAAUGUGAUGGGAUUGACUCUGGAAACUUCUGUGAGCUGACUGUUCCAUGUGAAAGAAGAGCUGUAUCACCAUCUGGUGCACUGCCUGAAAGUCUUCACGUUCAGUCACCUAGAACCUUGGAAGGAUUUUCUCAUUGAAUUCUGAUACCCUCUGCCUUACAGACCAGGAAUCCAACUCAGAAAGACUGGGCAGCACACACGGCCUUGGCCGCACACCCAGCAGUUCCCAGUCUACUGAUUCUUAUUGGAUUCACAUCAGCACCAUGAAUGCCUCACACCUGGCAGUAUCUCUCCCAACCCAAAUAGAUUCCAAACUCAGCUUCCAAUGCACGCAUCCAAUUAGCAAAAUCUAAAUCACACGUGAAUCUCUGGCUAAAGUUUAGUUAGGAAAAUGGGAGUUUUUCACAUUCAGUAUAGUUUUUCACUUUCUAGCCUCUGCCACCCAGGAAGGCAUAUUAGAAAACAACAACAAAAAAAUUGGAAUAGAUGCUGAGCAAACCAAUCAGAAUCUUGUCACAUAUAUCUAUCCCCCUUUGACCAUUUUCUCCGAAACCUUCCUCUCUUACCUCUAUACUACAUUCUAUUCCUGGAAAGAGUUGUCUGUUCCCGCUGUCUCCAAUUCCUAACCCCCCAUCCUUCCUUUGCUCACAGAGUACGACUGCAUCCCUCUCAUAAUCAGUUCACAUCACAUGACCUUUUCCGUCUCCUUGCUUUGUCAUUCCCCCCCUUCCCCUUCCACUCCUCUUUAGCAUUCUACCAGUUCUGCAUUAGUACCUCACUCCUCCCAGUCUAAUUAUGCAGAUAAUCCCCCCAAACAUAAUCCCAGCUAUAAAAUCUUUCCCAGGUUUCCAACUGCAUCCUGAAAGUACCCACCUGAAUAUCACAAGCACCUUAAACUCAACAUGUUAAACCCGAUACUCAAGUCAUCUCACUUCCAAAAUCUGUUCUCCCUCCUGCAUUUUAUGUCUGUGUAAACUGCACAACUAUUCACCCACUUACUGAAGUUGAUUUGAUUGUCCUCUUUCUCUUUCUAUUCCUAUAUUCAAUCUGUCCCUAAGACCAUAAAUUCAGUGGAAUCCUCUUACUGAGUUUAAUAGGUUCUCUUUAAAGGAAGACUGCAGACAUGCUCAUUCUAGCACUUUAUUGGAAAUUAGGUACAUCAAUGAAAUCAGAUCAACCUAAAAGCAUCAUUUUCACACAAUAAUAUCCCGAUAAUCUGUGCUAUCUUCUUACAUAAUUUAACAAAUCCCCAGAUGCUCCUUAUUUCGGUCAAAGAGCUUGAGUGGUCCAGAAAUCUCUCUAUACAUAUAAAUAUAAAUUGUAGCGUUUAAAAUAAACAUCACUGUUUGAGUUAGUUCCAAAGGUGCUGGGAACAUCUCGUACCUUGGAAUGGUUGCAGUGCUGGUGGGAGGGGAUGAAGGGAGUACACAUUAUGCGGUGGACCUAAUUACAGCAGGGGCUGGGGCGGAGCGGCACACAGGGGACGGGGCGGGCGCUGGGUAUCCUGAAAGCUGGCCAGGGAACUCAGCCACCCUGCAUCUGCCAACACUGCUUGAGCGUCAAAGCUAUAGGACGCUAAUGCAGAACGGAGCCCAUCACCCCAGCUCCCUUGGCGUUGCCAAGAAAUGUCAGAGCCCCUACAAACUGCAGAUUCCGGUGUGCUGGGAAGAUCCACCCAUCUCCCUCCCCCUGCCAUGCUCAAUUCCCUCCCAAAUUAGACAACUCAAGGGAGUGGCACCUCAAAGGAAAGAACGUUGAGCCACAUGCUGUUGGUCCCUUGGAAUGAUGACAGGGUGCCUUUGCUUGCCUUCAUCUUAGGGGCACUGGGGAAGACUGCUCUGCCCCAGUGUCUCCCUCACCCCUCAGCAGCAGCUAGGGUCUUUGGUUCUUCAAAGCUUCUCAGCAUUCAACAGUAACACCUGUGUAUCUACUCACCAACAGCUUUAACCUCCACUAGGUCAUUGGUUCUCACAACCCCAUGAGGUAGGACGGGCAGGAAUCAUGAUCCCCAUUUGGAAAAUAAGGAGCCUGGAACUCAUAGAAUUAGGUCCCUUGACCAAACUCACACCACUGGCCAGUGGCAGAAUCAAAACCAGAACUCAGGUCUCCUCACAUAUCGAGCUCCAGUGUCCAUGCUCCAAAGUCCCUCCUGCGGCUCUUCUGAGAAAGGGAAAGAAGCUGGGGGCAGGGACGCUGUCCUCAUCUGUCACCUGCCCCUCUUGGGAGGUUCUCAGACAGCCCCAUUGAGGACAGGAUGAGUCCGCAUGCGAUAGAUGAUGACCGCAGUGGCCGGGCACAGCAACAAGGAGGUCAUGAUGACAAUGGUGGCCAGGAUGAUGAGGACAAUGACCCAGAUGUCCAGGAUGUGCUUGGGGAGCACGACUUCCAUGGGGACCUGGCUGAUGGCAUCCAUGCUGCUUCACUCUGCAACAGGCAGGAAAGAGGAAUUCACCAUUUUGUACCCCAGGAGUCAGAAGGUAGGUCACUUACCAGCUGCUGUGUACUCGUUAAUGUUGCUUGAUCAAUAAUAGUAACGGCCUCAUUUACUGUGGGCUUCUUAUGUGCCAGGCCCUAUCUUAAGCACUUUACAUGUAUUAACUCACUUAGUCCUCACUUCAACCACCAACCCUUUGCGGUAGGGACUAUUAUUGUCAUGCUUUUUUAUUUCUUGGCCUUUAUCUUCAGUUAUUUCCAUUUUGGAGAUGAAGACUCUAAAGCCUUAAAAGAUGUAGCUGUAGUUAAUUUCCCCAAGGAAGCAAAGCCAAGUGGGUGGGACUCCAGAGUCUUCAUGUUUAACUAUUAAACUAUCAUACCACCAGUCUGCUCCCUCAUCUGUAAAAUGGGAAAUUUAUUGGUUUUGGUCCCGCACCCCUUCUCCCUUUCUCCUGGUAACAGGUCCCCCUCUUUUCUGAAGAACCUACCCUUUCUGUGUGGUUUAGUUAGGGCACACACCUGAGCACAGGGAAGCACAUGUGACCUAGGCUUGGCCAUUACAACUCUCCAUGGCCUCAAUUCAGGAAUAGGCAAGUGAUCCAGGCUAGGUCAACCAAAGUCCUCCCAGGGAUUUUAUUCACAAAGUAUUGGGAAAGAUGAUUCUUUCUGCUGGGAUUGCUAAACUGAAAGGAUAUGAGUCUGGAAAGGAUGGGCGUGGGGCUGUCUUGCCCACAUGUGACAGCAUGUCCUAGAGAUGGAAAGAGAAGUGGAGUCCUGACAACCUCAUUUGAGUACCUGAACCCAGCCAGUCUGACAUCAUCUGCAACCUCGGACGGCCCAGAUAUAUAAGCGAAUAAUCCUCUAGUUUUGCUAAAGCCAGUGUCAGUUUGGUUUCUCUCACUUGCAGUUAAAAGAGUUCUGAUGGAUCAAGAUGUAAAUCAGCUGUUCCCAAACUUUUUCGAUUCACAGCACCUUCAGUAAUUUUCUCACAGCACUCUAGGCCAAAAGAUAUACCUCGCAGUUCCAUUUAUUACGUAGUUAGGUUCAAUUUAAUAAACAUUUAUGUCCUAACAAAUGAGUAGCUGUUUGAAAAUAUAAUACACAGAAGUUGAAAGAAAAAAUUUGUAUUUCACUCUUAGCCAGUUACUUACGGCAUGUGUGCGACUGUGAGGCAUUGCACAACUUUUCAAACUUUGGAGUCAGAUGGGACGAUGCCGUGCUCACUUCCUAUUCCACAUUCAUUUGUGUGCUGUGCUUGCAGUAUCAUGGCAACUGCUAAAAACUCAGCAUCACAAAAUAUAGCAUCACCAAAAGGAAUGUAGGAUGAUUAAUGUUAGACUGUAAAUUAUCUUGAACUAGUAGUUUGCACAACGUCUGAGAGUUGUCAAAUAUCAAUAUUCCUGUCAAAAAUUUUAAAGAUCCCACAGCUCCCAGACACACACGUUUCCAAUGAAUUCACUGCGGCUCCCCAGGGCUCAGCGCACAGCCCGGGAACCACAGGUGCAACGUGUUCCCUGCCCAGAAGUCACAAGGCCGGAAUAAACAAUCUCCUACAGUUCCUUCUAGAUCAAAGAUUUAUAAUUCUGUGAUUCAAGGUCCCAGGCAAAAUUCCCAAUUCCAGUCCUAUUUCCUGCUUUUACCUAAAUCAAUAGCUUUUCCUUUUUAAUGCGUUUGGCUCCAUGCCCACUGUGGCCUCAUUAAGUAAUUUUACUGAUUACCAUACCCAAGGUACAGUCUCCAAGAUAUGCAUACAUACUAGGGUGUUUGUUUCUGCUCUGUCUGCUAUAGCAACUAACACAACAGGAGUAUCCGUAAAUAGUAGAGUAUAUCCAUAUAAUGGAACACCAGGCAGCAAUUUUCAUUCAUUUAUUUAACAAAUAUACAGUGCUUGCUACACACCAUGCACGGUUCCAAGUGUGUUACAAAUAUUAACUUAUUUAAUAGUUACUAUCAAAAAGAAUGAUGAUCUGUAGUGAGCUCCAAAAUAGUCCUAAGUGGGGAAAAAAAUAAAGUGCAGGAUAAUGUGUAUAGGAUAACUCCUUUGGUUCAGAUUUUGUAGAAUUAAGUAGAUAGAUAGGUGAGGAUAUAUUAAAGUAAAAUCAUUUAUAAGCAGAAUCCGAAGAAAAUGUUAAUAGUGAUUACCUUUGGGAGUUGGACUAGGAGUGGGAAAAGUUCCUGCUUUUCAUUCUUCAUUUUUUUUAUACUGUUGAGUUUUAUAAACAUGAGCAUGUCUUACUUUUAAUUUUUUUCAAGUCAACCGGUUGAUGGAAAAAUGGGCUUUUUUGUUUUUGUUUUUUCUUUAUUAAAAAAGACUAAAUACACACACAUACAAUUUUCAAGCCAAAUAAAAUUAAAGUAUGAGACUAGAUUAGUGGUCACCAAAUGCCAUAUACCGUGUUAAGUGAGAACCACCUAUGGACAGUUUAAAAAAUGUUGCUUCGAGGUCCCAUCACAGACUUACUGAAUUAGACUCCAGAGGGGCCUCCCCCACUCCCAUGUCCCAGGUGAUUUGAAUGUGCAGCCAGCUUUGGGAAUCCCUGAUCCCUAAGGCCUCUACCACUCUUCCUAGCUCCAUGAUUUGGGAACUGAUUCCUCCGUGCUCUGUAGCCAGUCUAAGUCAGGUGCGGGCACAUUCUAGGAUGGAGGAGAAGCCUCUAGCGAGGCUCUCAGGGCCACAGGAUUAUAAGGCAGGGGGCCUGCCCCGGAGGAAGAGGCACAGGCUGGCCCUGCCUCAGCCUCAGAAACGUGGUCACUUUCUCCAAGGUCUAAGGCGCAGAAGCGUGAGUCACAGGAGACGCACACUGUUAAAGAGGGACGGGGUGGGGGAAAUCAUUCGUUGUGGUCUCCUGAUUACAUCAAUAGCUAGCUUGCCUUGGGCCAAAAGAACCACACAAAAGCCCUUUCCGGUAAACCCAUUAACAUCAAACAGUCUCUGUAACUCCAAAUGCCAGGAACACAUAAUCUCCCUGGCUGAUUUUCAUAAGGAAAACCUGUCAUUUACGGGAACUCAGGCUUCAGGGCUCAUCCACAACCAAAAACCACUGAAGCUAGAACUAGCCUUGUUUCACAGGUGGCAACAUUGAAGCCCAAAGGUCUUCCCCCACCUUCAAGCCCACCCGCUUCCAGAAUGAUCACUCAAAGACAUAAAUCUGAUCAGAUCACUGGCCCUAAUUAAAACAAAACAGAACAAAUCGAUGAAUAAAUGAAACUUUGUCUGUAACCUGUAUUCCAGACUGUACCACUAUUACUUUUUCACACAUGAAAUUGUUUAAAACCCAGUCACAAAAACAGAUAAAAUUGGAGCUCCUCUAGACUGCUGGGGAGUGCUCAGCGAGAGGGGUUUGGGGUCCUAUCCAGUAAGCAGAGCUGAACCCUUAGAGGCCCUAAGCCCUAGAGAUUAGGGUGCCCACCCCCUUCACAUAUAUAAUUCAAACUCAAAGCAAUACUAAACCAUAACACCAAAAUGUACAUGUUAUAAUGAAAUUAAAGUCAUUUUUUUCUUCUAACUGAAAAGAUCUGAGAACAUAACUUUUCCCAGUUAUUUUUCUGGUGUCCCCACUUAGCACAGCCUGCUCACGUGGUACAGCACAGCUGUUCAGCUGCUCCUUGACCCCUUGGGCUCCUCAGAACACAGAUUGAAAGUCACAAGCUGUGAUGUUCUCCAAGGGCCCUUCAGGGCUCUAAGGCUGGCCAUACACAUGGCCAGCAGUCAGAGGGCACAGGGAGCUCCCUCUCCCUGUUUCAACCCUCUCAGUCCUCCAGCGUCUUCUCUGAUGAGCUGCUCCCUCCCAUGUAACAGAGGUUCCAGUAACUUCCACUUUUCCCCACUGUGAAAGAAAAGAUAUUUUCCCCCAAAUGAGAACUACACAAACCAUACGUUCAGCACCAUUAAUGGCAUGCUAGAAAAAUUGGCUUGAGAAAAAGCAGGACUCGCUGACUUCUGUUUGACCUCAUCUGGCAUCUGGGUGACUGGCUCCUUGUGAGGGCAUAAAACCGUUUCUUGGUACAUCUAAUGAAUAACUACAGAUCAAUAAGCUUAUUGUUUGCUUUGCAGAUAUAUUACUUGUGAUUUCUAAUGAAUACAUCAAGUUGGAAUAUGGUACAAGCCAUUCAUGUCACAAAUGUAACCUUAUCAUUGAUAAAAAUAUAAUGUUUUUAUGACCACGGAAGGUAAACCAGCAGUCAGGCCUUAAUUCUUGUUACUUCAAACUGGUAUACUUUAUCUAUUUACCUCGUUAAUAAAUAAUAAACUUUAACAUAUGUUCGAUGUGUUUGUCUAAGAAACUAUGUUAAAGUCACCCUGAGCUGACAAACAAAGGAGCCACUGGCUCCAUCAGCCACUGACA